UUACGCAUGUAAACAGCGCAGAAGCCCCGUGGAUGCCGCAUGAACGCCUGCUACCAAGAAACAAGUAGCCUAAAUUAAUCUGCCUCGAAGUGUAAUUUAAAUGUUUUUUCGACCAAGGAAGAUGUUAGUGAUUGAAAUAAAGAGUUUUUCUCUUUAGGAAAACCUGCAGAAAGUAAAAAACUACUGGUUUUAUUUUCUUUGGAGCAUCGAAGACCAAAGCUAAUCGACAUUUUUUUUUCGACUCUCUAGAGGCGACAUUUUUUUUAGUAAAAAAAUAUAUAAACUACAACCGCUGAAAGGAUGAAUAAGCGAGAAGGUGAAGGUUGGUCACGGAGAAAUGUUGAAGCUGCACAGGAGCAUGAUGUGCAUGCCAACCCAUCCUCGCCAGUCGUUGCUGCAUUUAAAGUUUUCCAACAGGAGCUGGACACCAAACACGACAAAUAUGAACGCCUUGUUAAAAUCAGUCGGGACGUCACCAUCGAAAGCAAGAGGACCAUUUUUCUUUUGCACAGAGUGACCAAUGUCCCUGAUGUUGAGGCUGUUCUGAAUGAGGCUGAGGGCAAACUGGAUGCUGUCAGACAGAAGAUUGGUCUCAUUGCUGAGGAGCUGAGAGGAGAGGAUAUCUAUCAGUUUCACCGAGCUUUCACUCCAGGAAUUCAGGAGUACGUGGAAGCGGUGUCCUUCCUGCACUACAUCCGUCAUCGCAGCCUUAUCAGCCUGGAGGAAAUCAAUGCAAGGCUCGUCUUCAUGAGAACGGAGAACGGCGAUCCUAAGGGCUCGGCUGAAGCCCCUCCUUUGGGCGCUCACGUUCUGACAUUCCAGGUGACGCCGGCCGACUACCUGUUGGGCGUCGCCGACCUGACAGGGGAGCUUAUGCGGCUGUGCAUCGGCAGUGUCGGCAACGGCGACAUAGACACGCCGUUCCAGCUCAGCCAGUUCCUGAGGCAGAUCCACGACGGCUUCUCCUACAUCGGGAACACGGGCCCGUACGAGGUCUCUAAGAAGCUCCACACGCUCCGACAGAGCCUGGGUAAAGUGGAGGACGCCUGCUACACGCUGCGCGUCCGCGGCUCCGAGAUCCCCAAACACAUGUUGGCCGACGUGUUCAGCAGCAGGACCACCCACAUGGACACUGAGGAGGGAGUCGUUUAGUUAAACACCCUUCAUAACCUUUGUUGUGUCCUUUUUCAUUUAACGGGUUGACAGCUUUUCAAGUAAUAUGCUUGUAAAUUUAUAGCAACUGUUAGGAAAAGAAAUCUGUUUUAUUUGUUGAGAUGUUGAAUAUUACUGCUGUUCUGCAUUAAUAAAAGUUCUGUUGUCCUCUCUCA